AUGAGUGAAGCCGUCGCUGGUAUGCUUGACGAUGACCGCCGUAAACGGCAAAUAAGUUACUAUCAGUGGGUGCCAUUUUUUCUUCUUGCUGAAGCUGCCUGCUUUCGACUUCCCAGUAUUCUAUGGCAAUAUCUGGCUUGCCAUUCGGGUAUAAAAAUCCAUGAAGUCGUUAAGCUGUCGUCUGAUCCGAACAAUAUCAAACCUGACAUCAAACGAGCAAAUAUAAGAUCGCUCACGAUCCAUCUUCAGGGAGCCUUACGCUUUCAUCGUCGGCUACAAAAGAAGCAAAUCCGUCCGCAUCAUAUUCUAUGGCUAUUUAAUCUACCAUAUUCAGCCUUUUUUGUCACAUGGUUGUAUUUGUGCACGAAAUUCUUCUAUCUGGCAAAUGUAUGCUUGCAGUUGCUACUCAUGAACAAGUUUCUGGAAACCGACAAGUACGCCUGGUAUGGAUUGGGAGCGAUGAUUGAUUUAUUAAAUGGGACUACGUGGGAACAGAGCGGAAUGUUUCCUCGAGUGUCGCUUUGCGAUUUUGAUGUUCGUGUGAUGGGAAACGUGCAAGAGCACACAGUACAAUGUGUGCUCAUUAUAAAUAUCUUCAAUGAGAAGAUAUUCAUUUUCUUGUGGUUUUGGUAA